GUUGACCUCCCCACCACGUUCUCCUCCCUUUUUUGUGUUCUUGGACAGACAUUCGUCACUGCCGGUUUUCUGAUUUCUCUGCAUCUUCCACACCACUCCCCUCUCAAAAUCAAAUAUUCUUCAAACACCCACUUCUUAAGUUCAGUUUUUUUUUUCUUUAUUUUUUAUUUGGAAGAAAUCUUCAGUUUCCCUUAAUUUUUUUUUUUUAGUGCAUUUAGUGACAAAAGCCAAGAAGAUAAUGGUGACGAGGGAGGACUGUGUUAACUUAUCCCUGAACCGCCAUUAAUUUGAUUUAUGUGUGACAGAAAGGACGGUCCUGCCGUUUCAGCUGACAGUAAAACCGACGACCCAGAGUUGGGUUUGUCAUUGCUCAAAUGGGUUUGGCCUUGUAUAACAAGAUUCACAAGUUUGGAGCAAUGAUGGCGGCCAGAAGUUUCAGAAUAAUGGAGGGUGGACUGGAAUGUGCGGAGUCAAGGGCUUAAAGUGUCAUUUUCUUCAACCGAAAGUCUCUGGGUUUUACUAAAAUGAGUGAAGGAAAAAGCCAAGUUUGUGAGGGGUUAUGGUGUCAAAAAGGGUGGGAAAAGGGGGGCUGGUAGUGGUGGUAGCCAUGUUCAUCCCACCUGGGCAAGGAAACUGUUCAGUCACGUGGUUCUGCGUAUGAACAGCAUUAAAGUUUUCUGGCUUUGGCAUCUCAAAUCUCUCGAUUUUUCUGGAGCUCUGGUCCGGUAAGUCCUCAAACAUAUGGCUGAUUUAUGAAGAACUAGUGUUUGGCGAAUAAUUAAAUCGUGUUGAAGGUUUUAAGGUAUGUGCGUCUGCUUUUGGGUCUGUUUGGGAAGGAAAAACACAUGGCUGAGUCGUGAGGAAUUGGUGUCCUGUGAAUGAGGGCUUUUCAGUUCAUGGGUCUGCUUCUGAUUUUUCAAUGGUGUAAGCAAAUGGGUCUGUUUGGCAGCCAAGAAAAUCGAAAAUUCUAUAUUGUGAUUUCCGACCCCUUUUUUCAGCAAAUGAGGAUCGAGGGUUUACUGUGGUUUUUAUCUUGUGGGGUCUUCUGAAAUCUUAUUUAUUUAUUAAUCUGAAUAUUAAAACAGAUAAAUAAUAAAUGCAGAGAGAGGGUCUGUUUCAUGGUCCUUACAUGGUCUUUAAUUCUGUGGGCUCUUGUUGGUAUGACUGUUAUGUUAAUGCUACUGUCUAGUGUCGAUGAAUCACGUGAUCGUGCUUUUUUUUUUUUUUCAUUCCCAUCAUUCCCAUAUUUGGUGUGUUUUCCCUGUGAAGUAACUUUGUGACGUAUAUAUACACUGUCAAAGUUGAAGUUCCCUGUUGUUUUUUCUUCCUCUGCGUGUCAUUUUCUUUGUUGGGUUGGUUGUCCUUACAUUUCGUGUUGGGUAUCUUGCUCAAUUGUGGGGCAACAGCAAGUUAUUGAUUUCUUUCCAUUCUCAUCAACUUGAGAAGCAAGAAAGUUGAAACAAGCGGUUGCAGAACAAAUGAAUGGGUUGGGGUUCUUCAACAUUUAUGGAAUUUGAUCUUGAGCAGUCCUAAUGUGAUUGGGUAUCAAUCUCUUUGGGGUUCACAAUCCACCAAUAAUUGGGGGGCAACUUCGAUUUGAUUUUAUCCCUUUACGAAAUGCACCCAGUUUUCUAAGAGAUUGGUGGGGGAUGAUAAGGGUAUGGAUGCCAUGUGAAUUCACUGAAAAGUUGGUGAGGCCUGCUUUUAUCUCAUCUAGAUGUGAGCCUAAAGAUCUGCAGCUAUCUGUGUUCACCUACUGAAAUUCAGAUUGACGGUUGACGUUUGAUAUCAUGGAUCCUGACCAUGGGAGGUGUUGGGGCACUUCAAAGAAGGACUCUUGGAAGACACUUCUGCUCUUAUCUUACCAAAGUCUUGGGGUAGUUUAUGGGGACCUUGGCAUUUCCCCUCUCUAUGUUUACAAGAGCACAUUUGCAGAAGAUAUUCAUCAUUCAGAAACAAAUGAAGAGAUUUUUGGAGUUCUUUCCUUUGUCUUCUGGACUCUUACUCUAGUCCCUCUAUUCAAGUAUGUCUUUAUAGUCCUUCGAGCUGAUGACAAUGGAGAGGGUGGUACUUUUGCUCUGUAUUCCUUGAUAUGCAGGCAUGCAAAAGUAAGCCUUCUUCCCAAUAGGCAGGUUGCUGAUGAAGCACUUUCCACAUAUAAACUGGAGCAUCCUCCAGAGCAAAAGAACAGCUCAAGGGUUAAGAUGCUGCUUGAGAAGCACAGAGUGUUGCACACGGCUUUGCUAAUUUUGGUUCUUCUUGGCACUUGUAUGGUAAUUGGAGAUGGACUGCUUACUCCAGCCAUUUCUGUUUUCUCUGCUGUGUCCGGUCUCGAGUUAUCCAUGUCCAAAGAACACCAUCAGUAUGCAGUGAUUCCUAUUACUUGCUUCAUAUUAGUGUGUCUAUUUGCACUACAACACUAUGGCACACAUCGGGUUGGAUUCUUCUUUGCUCCAGUUGUGUUGAUUUGGCUACUAUGCAUCAGUGCUCUUGGCUUAUACAAUAUAUUCCGCUGGAACCCACAUGUCUAUCAAGCUCUGUCCCCAUAUUACAUGUUCAAAUUCUUGAAGAAGACGAGGAAAGAUGGAUGGAUGUCUUUGGGUGGAAUUUUAUUGUGCAUAACAGGCUCAGAGGCAAUGUUUGCUGAUCUUGGACACUUCUCAUACACUGCAAUUCAGAUUGCCUUCACUUUCUUGGUUUAUCCUGCUCUGAUAUUGGCAUAUAUGGGUCAAGCUGCUUACUUGUCGAUACAUCAUGACAACAGUUACCAGAUCAGUUUUUAUGUUUCAGUUCCAGAAGCUGUGAGGUGGCCAGUGCUUAUAAUAGCGAUUCUUGCCUCUGUUGUGGGAAGUCAAGCGAUCAUCAGCGGAACAUUCUCUAUAAUCAACCAGAGCCAGUCACUUGGAUGCUUCCCAAGAGUCAAGGUUGUUCAUACCUCUGAUAAAAUACAUGGCCAGAUCUACAUCCCAGAGAUCAACUGGAUACUUAUGAUUCUCUGCAUUGCUGUGACCAUUGGAUUCAGAGAUACAAAACAUAUGGGGAAUGCAUCAGGGUUGGCAGUGAUGGCAGUAAUGCUAGUGACCACAUGCCUCACUUCCUUGGUUAUUAUCCUCUGUUGGCACAAACCCCCUAUUGUAGCUCUCUCUUUCCUACUGUUCUUUGGCUCUAUAGAAUUACUCUACUUCUCAGCCUCCCUCACAAAGUUCCGUGAGGGUGCCUGGCUCCCCAUCCUGCUAGCUCUCUUCCUCAUGACCAUCAUGUAUGUUUGGCAUUAUGCCACCAUCAAGAAAUAUGAAUUUGACCUUCACAACAAGGUUUCUUUAGAAUGGCUUUUAGCCUUGGGUCCAAGCUUGGGAAUAGCUCGAGUACCUGGUAUUGGGCUGGUGUUCACUGAUCUCACCUCUGGCAUCCCGGCAAACUUCUCCCGCUUUGUCACCAACCUCCCCGCCUUUCACCGUGUCCUUGUCUUUGUAUGUGUGAAAUCAGUGCCAGUCCCUUAUGUGCCCCCAGCUGAGAGGUAUCUUGUGGGCCGGGUGGGUCCUGCUACUCACCGCUCCUACAGAUGCAUUGUCCGUUAUGGCUAUCGUGAUGUUCACCAGGAUGUUGAUUCUUUUGAAUCUGAACUUGUUGGUAGGCUGGCUGAUUUCAUCCGCUAUGAUUGGGUUCGGACACAUGGCACGGACCCAUGUAUUGAAGAUGAUGGAUCCCAAUCUGGGGGAUCCUCAAGUGAAUGUAGAUUGACAGUGAUUGGAAAUGUAGCAUUUUCUGGUACACCAGCUUAUGAGAUUGAGGAGAGCUUGCAGCCAGCUAGUGUAUCCAUUGGUUUCCCAACUGUGGAAAGCGUCACAGAUGUUAUUGAGAUGGAACCCAUUUCUGUUACCAAAAGAAGAGUGAGGUUUGCCAUUGAUGAUGAGUCUGAAACUGAUACACGGUCUGAGACUGAUGUGCAGUUGCAAGAAGAGUUGGAAGAGUUAUGGGCAGCUCAACAAUCGGGGACUGCAUUCAUACUUGGGCACUCACAUGUUCGAGCAAAACAAGGAUCUUCCCUUGUGAGGAGAUUGGCAAUCAAUGUCGGGUAUAAUUUCCUGAGGAGGAAUUGCCGAGGACCAGAUGUAGCUCUCAAGGUGCCACCAGUGUCUCUCCUUGAGGUUGGCAUGGUUUAUAUCGUCUGAGUUACAUGUGUACCUAGUUUUGUUUGCUUAUGACCUCAUGUCUUAUAGAGAAAAACGGAAAGAGGUUUCCAGGGUAGAUGACUGUAGAUUAAAGAAUACCAUGAUGUAGAAAAACUUGUUAACCCUAUCAACAAUAUGCAUUUUCAUGACAAAUAUGUGGAAAUGGCAGGAAGCAUUUACUAUCAUA